GUUAUAAAGACCUUCAUCAUUAUGCAUCACAGAAGUGCACCGUUUGCACUCAACCUUUACCCGCACCCCGAACUUGGGUACUACGAAGGCGGCCGUGAUCUUUUUACCUUUGUGACAGUGGCUUCUUCUCAUAUUAUGCGCACGCUACAGAGACCAAAAAAAAGUCGGCCCACUAAAAGGAAAGUAAAUCACCGCCGAUUCCUACAAAACCAGAUAUGCAGGAAAUACGCCAUCAUAGAAGCUGCCACACAUCAACUUGCAACUUCAAUUUUCUCGCAGGAAGCCGCAGUAGAAGCACCAACAAAUAAAAAUAUGGAUUCUAAGGCUUCCAAAAAAAGCAGUGACUCACCCACAGAGACUCGGAAAGACAGAGCGCUACCAAACGUAUUAAAUAUCUCCACCAACCUCUCCAAGCUCCCUGAAGUAUGCCUUGGUGACAGCACCUUUCUAGGUGUGGCAGAAGCGUACCGGGUUCCAGAUGCAAAUUCCAAAGUAGGCGUAACCAUGGACACUUUGGCUUAUGUUUCUGAUGAGGUUGGCACAGUUGAGAGUCUUUUUGAUGAUAUCAUAACUGAAGAUGACAUCAUUGCUUCUUCUUAUAGCAUAUGCCAUCCAAGGCCUCCGUCCUUACAGCAGGGUCCAGAAAAGGAUGAGGAACUUGAAAGAUAUUUAGAAACCGGAUUAAUAUAUUAUGACAACCACAUAUCCUCUUGGCUUCCAGAGUCUUUAAGUAGAGCUGUCCAUCAGUUACCUUUCCUUCAAAGGACACCCAGUACCAUAGAGUACAAAGAUGAAAGUGCACAUGAUUACCUGUUGGACAAUUUGAGUGAUGUACAGACUGGGCUCGAUGAUAAUAUAUUGGACAACAGGGAAAUAUGCUUUGCUAGCAACCAAGGAUAUCAGAAUGAUAACCAAUAUGGUGAAGAUUGUUUUGCAGACGAGUCGGAUUGGUCAGUCCUUCUAACAAAGCAAGGAACAAACAAAUGGAUUACCUCACCAGAAAGCCUCAUUUUAGGUAAAAUGCUGGAACCAAAAGGGAGACAACACAAUGAAAAUAAGGUUGUAGACUCAAGUGUAUCAUGCGCAGGUGCAAUGGAGCACAAUAUGUACCAAGAACUUUGCUUAUGUCCUCAGGAAAAUGAAAAUUGUAUGUGUAGUUUUUGGUGAGAUAAAUGUAUUUUCUAAUAUUUAAAGAGGGAAUAAAAAAAAAAAGCUAAAUUUA